ACUAGCGCUCCAAUCCGAUCCAUCCGGACCCUCGACCAUUGUCCCGCCGAUUUAUUUGAAAAAAAAAAUAAAUAAAUAAAACAAACCCUUUACAGUAAUUAUUUCCAAAUCAAGUCAACAGUCCGUUAAAGUUCCGCAGGUGGAUUUUGUGCUCUUCAGUGUUAUGUGCUGGUUCAAAUAAAUAAACAGCGGGACGUACCAUAAACAUGACGAACAGCAUGAAGCAAACGGUUAUCAAAAACCCAACAUGGUGGAAACGUAGAUCGGCGAUGGAGCGUGGGCUAACGGUUGUAGCAAUAUCUGGGAUCCUCUUAUGCAUUGCCCUGGCAAUCGGUAUUGCCGUACUAGUAGCAAAUUCCAACUCGUGCGAUGUUAACAAUAACGGAGCAGUUCCUGCUAAAACCGAGAUGCUACCAUUCGCAGCUGAAGCCCUCGCUGGUUCAAAAUUGGACAAAUCAACUCCAACUGUCAUCAGAGGACCAGAUAGUGUUUGCACAACUCCAGCUUGUAUUCAUGCCGCUUCAAAGGUCCUGAACAAUAUGGAUGAAGAUGUAGAGCCUUGCGAUGACUUCUACAAAUUCGCUUGCGGUGGAUUCUUGAAGAACACGCUCAUCCCAGAUGAUAAAGUCAGUGUUAAUAGCUUCAGUGUCAUUAGUGACAAAGUCCAAGAGCAGUUGAGGAUCAGUAUCGAGGAGCCCAGUUAUCCGAUGGAACCUAAGCCUUUCAAGCUUGCUAAAAAUUUAUACAAAGCCUGCAUGAAUAAAACUGCGAUUGAGGCGCAGGGUCUUACUCCACUCCUCAACAUCCUGAGGAAACUCGGCGGAUGGCCCGUCCUAGAUGGAGAUAUGUGGAACGAAGAAAGUUUCGACUGGAUCGAAUCAGUUUAUAAAUUCAGGGAUUCGGGAUAUUCUGUUGAUUACUUCCUUGACUUCAGCAUUGGCGUGGACUUGAAGAACAGUACGAAGAGAGUCAUUGAUUUGGAUCAAGCCUCCCUCGGUCUUUCCCGUGAAUAUUUAUCCAAAGGACUAGACGACAAAAUAGUGAAGGCUUAUUACAACUACAUGGUGGAUAUUGCUGUGAUCCUGGGAGCCAAACGUGAACUGGCGGCGAAGCAGCUGCUCAGUUCUCUCAAAUUUGAGAUUCAAUUGGCUAAUAUAUCUCUACCCAACGAGAAACGUCGUAAUGCCACACUUCUGUACAAUCCCAUGACAGUCGCCGAGCUUUCCAAGACAUACCCUAGCAUUCCAUGGAAAGAAUACUUCAACCGUCUGCUCCCACCAUCUCUCCAAGUCGACGAUAAUGAAAUCGCCAUCGUAAAUGUUCCAAGCUUCAUCUCAAGCCUCGAAAAACUCAUGAGAGAAACUCCAAAGAGAAUUCAAGCGAAUUACGUAAUGUGGCGAGCAACAGCAGCAUCUGUUAGCUAUGCGAAUGAUGAAAUUAGAAAACGACAGCUCCAGUACUCGACUGCCCUCAGUGGAAGGACCGAAAGAGAAUCCAGGUGGAAGGAAUGUGUUGAUUUGGUUGGAGGAAGUCUCUCUAUAAGUGUUGGAGCUCAGUAUAUUCGCAAGUAUUUCAAUGAGGAAGCCAAGAAGAAUGCCAUCGAGAUGGUCAACGACAUUAAGAAGCAGUUUAAUUAUAUUCUGGAGAAGAUCGACUGGAUGGACGAAGAAACCCGCAAGAGCGCGCUGGAGAAGGCUGCAUCCAUGACUAGUCAUAUUGCUUAUCCUGAUGAGCUUCUUGAUGAUAGUAAACUCGAAGAGUUCUAUCAGGACUUGGAGCUCAGUGAUGAGAAUUAUCUUCAGGGAAUUCUCAAUCUCACGUUAUUUGGAACUGAGUAUUCAUUCAGUAAAUUGAGAAAACCGGUUAAUAAGAGUGACUGGGUGACACAUGGAAGACCUGCAGUCGUUAAUGCAUUCUAUUCUUCAAUUGAGAAUAGUAUACAGUUCCCCGCUGGUAUUCUUCAGGACUCAUUCUAUAGCAAUGACCGUCCAAGGUACAUGAACUACGGUGCCAUUGGUUUCGUCAUUGGUCACGAGAUUACCCAUGGAUUCGAUGAUCAAGGACGACAGUUUGAUAAAGAGGGAAAUUUAGUCGACUGGUGGGCGCCUUCUACCAAAGAGAAAUACCUAGCCAAGGCUGAAUGCAUAAUCAAUCAGUACGGAAAUUAUUCGGUCGAAGAAGUUGGUUUGAACUUGAAUGGAAUAAAUACUCAAGGUGAGAACAUAGCAGACAAUGGAGGAAUCAAGGAAGCCUAUUUAGCUUACAAUGACUGGAUAAAACGCAAUGGUCAAGAACAACCACUUCCGGGACUCCCAUAUAGCCCUAAACAGCUGUUUUGGAUAAGUGCGGCUAAUACUUGGUGCUCGAUUUACCGACCUGAAGCACUCAAGCUUCGUAUCACCACUGGAUUCCACAGUCCCGGUGAAUUCCGUGUCUUAGGACCACUUUCCAAUAUGCCAGAAUUCGCUAAAGACUUCAAAUGUCCCGUUGGCUCUAAGAUGAACCCAAGAGACAAGUGUGCUGUGUGGUAAUGUCAUGAUUAAUGUUAUGGCAGUUAUCAAUUUGUUCUCUUCUCUAUUCUUGUGAUUUCAUGCUCUCCAAAAUUUCACAAUCUAAAUCGACUUAUUUUGUAUUUGUUAACAAAUUUUAUCAAGUUACAAAAUUUAAAUUAUUCAAUAGAGAUAAAGAGAUUUUUGAAUAAGAAUUUUGCAAAUUGUUUGGCAGAUAUUUUAUGAGUAGAAAUGCUCUAAGAAACUGAACGUGCACUUCUCUCCGAACUGAUUAGAUCCGUGAAUAUUGCUAUCUGCAAAAUAAUAAGUAUGAGGGAAUCAAGUUCAUUUAUGUUCAUAAUUGUUUUUUUUAAUCAAGUAGAUUGCGAAUUUUGUCGAGCUAAAGAAUGUAGGCAAUUUUAUCUCUAGUUUAUAAAUAAUGUGAAAGAAAAGAAAAUGUUGCUAUGGAUUUUGUACAUAGAUACGAUUUCUGAUUCGACAAUAAGUGCCGUAAAGAUGAACUACGAUACUCAACAACAAAAAUCAGAAUUUAAAUAUAAUUUGAUUAAGAACACGUGAUAAAUUACUAUCCGAUACGUUGAAAACAUCAAACUAAUUUUAUAAUUAUAGAAACUGAUAUUAAAAAAUGAACGAAAAAUUAAAUUUUAAUGGUUAACGUUUUCAAGUACUUGGGCAACAUUAAUAAAACCAGAAA